CUGAAGAGGAACGUAAACCAUUUGUGUUGAAAUAUGUGAACUAUGCUAAUGCACCGAAUCAGUUUUUUUUUUUUUUUUUCAUGGUUAUGCAGGUGAACAAGUUUUGUACUAAUUACCGUUAAGUUUAUGUUGGUCAUUGGGUGAGGCUUGCUGCUAUAAAUAAGCACAGUUCCCUACAUCCACCCAUCUCAUUGAGCAAAGAGGACCUCUUGCUUAGUCUCGUUUGGUUGUGAAAGCAUCUAUUAACUGACACCCAUUCUCUGCAAAUAUGGUCAAGAAAUCAGUUCUUACCGCCCUGGCACUCUUGCUGUUUGGUUUUGUAGGACUUAGUCAACAAAAACCAGAAUGCAAGAAUUCCUUCUCUGCCCAGGGCUGGACAGAGUGGUUUGACAGAGACACCCCUUCUGUUAUUGGAGACAAGGAGACUCUUUCCUCUCUUCGUAGGGAGAAUCCUGGGAAGAUCUGCCCCAACCCUACCAAUAUUGAAGCUGUGACUCUGUCUGGCCAUAGUGUUGAGGAAACGGGUGAAACAAUUUUUAAAUAUGACACAAAAACCGGAUUUAUCUGCAGAAACAGAGAUCAGCGUGACUGGAAGUGCCAAGACUAUAAAGUUCGCUUCAGCUGUUCAGUUGAUAUCUGUCAAAAUGUGUGUUGGACCAAGUGGUACAACCGAGACCGUCCCACUGGAUCCGGUGACUGGGAGCAUCUGAGUGCCCUGAGAAAAGAAAACCCUGGUGGAGACCUUUGUGCUGAUCUUGUCUAUGUUGAGGCUGUUACUGUUGAAGAUAAGACUCCAGCUCUCAAGACUGGCCAAAAAUUCCAUGUGUACAGUCCUGGAAAAGGAUUUGUCUGCCGCAAUGAGGACCAGAGUUUUGGCAAGUGCAGUGACUACAAAGUCCGCUUUGGAUACUAUUGUACCUCUGCUUCCUGAGUUUACUCCUGCAAAUGACUUGAAGCUAUUUUGUUUCAUUUUCUUUUCCUUUCCUUUAGUUUACAAUGACACAGAGACACAAAUGCAGUAUCUGUUUUGCAGGCGCUUCCUGUUUGUCUUUGUUAUCUUAUCUACCUGAGUCACUGUGAGAAGGGGAAUUAUGGGCUAUAUCUGUCUUCAACAAAUUUAUACAAUGGUUUUUUCUUUUACCUGUGGGGAACGAAUAAAAAACAAUAAAUAAUUCAAAGCA